AUGAUGGGCGAGCUUAUGCAACCUGGAGGACGACUCUUGCUUUCUAAGCUUGGUCUUCAAGAUUGUUUGGAGGGAAUUGAUGCACAGGUUUCCACCGGCUUAGCAAUUUAUAAGGACGGAAACGAAGCAGUUGCAUCUUAUCCGGUAGAAGACAAAAACUUCCCUUAUGAACCUUCGGCUCGAACAUUUCACAAUGGCCGUUUUGUCCAGAGACUACGCCAAAAGGCUUCUUCUCUCCCCAAUGUGCGGCUGGAAGAAGGAACAGUGAAAUCUUUAAUAGAAGAGAAAGGGGUAAUCAAAGGCGUUACAUACAAGAAUAGUGCAGGAGAAGAAACAACAGCCUUAGCACCUCUCACUGUGGUAUGCGAUGGUUGCUACUCAAACCUUCGUCGGUCUGUUAACCACAACAUUGUACCUCCAAAACUCCGCAAAAUAUUUUUGAAAGGGAUUGACGAGGGAGAAAACAUAAAAGCGAUGCCAACAAAGAGAGUAGAAGCUACUUUGAGCGAAAAGAAAGGAGUAAUUGUGUUGGGAGACGCAUUCAACAUGCGUCAUCCAGCUAUAGCUUCUGGAAUGAUGGUUUUAUUAUCUGACAUUCUCAUCCUACGCGAUCUUCUCCAACCGUUGAGAAAUUUUGGCGAUGCAAACAAAGUCUCAGAAGUUAUCAAGUCCUUUUAUGUUAUCCGCAAGCCAAUGUCAGCAAUGGUGAAUACUCUAGGGAAUGCAUUUUCUCAAGCGCUUAUUGCAUCGUCGGACGAGGCAAAAGAGGCGAUGCGACAGGGCUGCUAUGAUUACCUCUCUAGUGGCGGCUUUCGCACGUCUAGCAUGAUGGCUCUGCUUGGAGGCAUGAAUCCUCGUCCGAUCUCUCUCAUCUAUCAUCUUUGCGCUAUUACUCUAUCCUCCAUUGGCCAACUGCUCUCUCCAUUUCCCUCUCCUCUUCGUGCUUGGCAUAGCCUAAGACUUUUUGGUUUAUCUAUGCAAAUGUUGGUUCUGCAUCUCAAGGUGGAAGGGAUCCAAAUGUUGUCUUCAGCAAACGCAGCCGCCUAUCGCAAAAACUAUAUGGCCGCAACCGCUCUCUAA